UGUAUAUAUAAAGGCAAGUGGCGAGUGAGUUAAAUCAGUUCUUAGUCUUCGCUGCUAACACUGACAAGGGGAGCUCCUCUUCACCAAGUCUCCACAAUGAAGUUUGUGCUGAUGCUGGCGCUGCUGACUGUGGCGAACUGCCGAAGCUUAUUUGAUGGAGGAGACGAAGUGGAGGUCGCCGAGACUGACAGGUUAAUAAAUGAAAAUGAGGAUCGACCAUCGGCAUUCCAUGAGAAGGGCUCCCCGCUGUCUCCAGAGUCUGCCACUGCUCUUGUUCUUCCCUCAGCAUAUAAGAAGGUAGACCUCGAGACAAAGGGACGCGGUCUGGUGUCCCACGAAUCAGAGAGGAAUGAAUUGCCAUCUUCAUUCCAUGAGAAGGGCUCCCCGCUAUCUCCUGAAUCUGCCACUGCUCUUGUUCUUCCUUCAGCAUAUAAGAAGGUAGACCUCGAGACGAAGGGACGCGGUCUGUUGUCCCAUGAAUCAGAGAGGAGUGAAUUGCCAUCCUCAUUCCAUGAGAAGGGCUCCCCGCUGUCUCCUGAGUCUGCCACUGCUCUUGUUCUUCCCUCAGCAUAUGAAAAAGUGGACCUCGAUUCCGAGGGACAUGAACUGUCAUCCUCAUUCCAUGAGAAGGGCUCGUCUCUCUCCCCAGAGUCUGCUACUGCUCUUGUUCUUCCUUCACAAUAUGAAACAGUGGACCUCGAUUCGGAGAUUUUCGAUUUGUCGUCUUCAUUCCAUGAGAAGGGUUCUUCGCUCUCCCCUGAGUCUGCUACUGCCCUCGUUCUUCCUUCAGCAUAUAAAGUAGUGGACCUCGACUGAAACUCACGCGAGUUGUCAUUCUCAUUUACAAGGUUUCCCCACUCUCCCGCAAGUCUAUGACGCCGAAGCUGUGCUGAGCGAGAUAUGCUUGAGAGCAAGUGUGGAUAUAAGUGUGUCAAGCACUAGUUUAGCGGAACCUGAUGAAGGAAAUCAGUUUAUGACUUCCUAAGAAAUUUAUUGCUAAUAGCUUGACUAUAAUUUAUAAUAAAUAAGAAUUUAAAAA